AUAAGCUAUCGCGAGACUUUUAAAAGACUUCAUUCUAUAAGCUCAUGGGAAUGAGGCUGGGCAACCCUUUUCGCCAAGAUGGCGCCGAAAGCGAAGAAGGAAGCUCCUGCCCCUCCCAAAGCCGAAGCCAAAGCGAAGGCCUUGAAAGCUAAGAAGGCAGUGCUGAAAGGUGUCCACAGUCACAAAAAGAAGAAGAUCCGAACGUCACCCACUUUCCGGCGGCCCAAGACCCUGCGGCUCCGGAGGCAGCCAAAAUAUCCUCGAAAGAGUGCACCCAGGAGAAACAAGCUUGACCACUAUGCUAUCAUCAAAUUCCCACUGACCACCGAGUCGGCUAUGAAGAAAAUAGAGGACAACAACACGCUUGUGUUCAUUGUGGAUGUUAAGGCCAACAAGCACCAGAUCAAACAGGCCGUGAAGAAACUCUAUGACAUAGAUGUGGCCAAAGUCAAUACUCUGAUACGGCCUGACGGAGAGAAGAAGGCAUAUGUUCGCUUGGCUCCUGAUUAUGAUGCUCUAGAUGUUGCCAACAAGAUUGGGAUCAUCUAAAGUGAGUCCAGAUGGUUAAUUCUAAAUAUAUACUUUUUUUUUCCACUAUAAA